UUGUUUUCUUUGCUGCAUCUUGUAAAGCAUAUAAUUUUAUAUUUAUUAAUAAACGAAUCUAUGUGUAGUGCAAAAGUUGAAUUAAAGUGCCACAAUUUGCUAUUACAGUUACUUAUAACUAAGCGCAAAUGACAAUAAGAAGUCGUGCCAGAGCAAGUGGUUAAUUGAAGCAGAGGUUACACCCUUUAUAAACAAGCGCAGCAGCUAUAGCGGCGUUUUAACCACACCCAUAAGCAUAAUAAGAUAGAUCCUGUGGGACUAUGUCCACAAUCGACGACGAGCGCAAAGCGUAUUUAAAUAAUCCAUAUUUUAAGGGUCACAUUUUCGGCAGUUUUAAGCCGUUUUAUGUGACAAUCGCCAUUUGUACAGUAGUUCUCGGCUCGAUUAUUAUAUUAAACAUUAUCUUGGGCUGCUGCUCCAAGCAUCGCAAGUAUUGGCAGGACAGGCACUCCGGAAAUCGCUGGUUGGUUUCCAUUUGGUCUUCAACGCCGCACAAGCAACCGCCUUUGGACUUUACUGAACUGAAGGACGCUUCCUAUUUCGAACGUUUCCAUCCCACCACGCACCAACAAGUGUUCCCCAGCGACGUUGUCGUAUCCGUUGACGACUUAGAGCCCGUGCAUCAAGCGCAUCACCAGCGACCACCGCGUCCGGAGGGCCGAACUUUGCAUCAACAGCGCCAGCGCGAAGAAUACGUGGAGCUGCAGAAGCGCGAAAGCGACAUCUAAACAAUGGCUCUUUAUUUU